AUACACCUACAAGUCUUUAACGACGCGUCGCAUCUCUCCGUCUGUGUUUACGUAGCAGCUUACCCUCCUCAGUCCUCAUCAAUCAUCAUACUGUAAUUCAAUACCCUCUCUCAUCACAAACAUACAAACCCCAUUCUGAGAUAGCUAAUUCUUAGCGAUUCCAAUCCCCCUUAUCCAUGUCGAUGCUCGAUUCCUUCUUCAACAAGGGCUUCAAAGCCGCCAAAUGCAAAACUCUGCUGAAAUUGACUAUUCCGCGGAUAAAGCUGCUGAGGAACAGGAGAGAUAUUCAGAUCAAGCAGAUGCGCCGAGACAUUGCCAAGCUCCUUGAGACUGGUCAGGAAGCUACAGCUCGGAUUCGGGUAGAGCAUAUUAUUAGAGAAGAGAAUAUGAUGGCAGCUCAGGAGAUCAUUGAGCUGUAUUCUGAGCUCAUAGCUGUCCGCCUUCCUAUAAUUGAAUCACAAAGGGAGUGUCCUCUUGACUUGAAAGAAGCAAUAUCCAGUCUAUGUUUUGCUGCACCAAGAUGUGCUGAUCUGCCAGAGUUGCUUCAAGUUCAAAUGCUAUUUGUAUCUAAAUAUGGGAAAGAAUUUGUAUCAGCUGCAACAGAGUUAAUGCCAGAUUGUGGUGUCAGUCGUCAGUUGAUAGAGUUGCUAUCUGUUCGGGCUCCUUCAGCUGAGAAAAAACUGAAACUUUUGAAAGAAAUUGCUGAAGAGCAUGAACUGGAUUGGGAUCCUACCGCAUCUGAAGUUGAAAUUUUCAAACCACAUUAAGAUCUGCUGAACGGUCCAACACAGUUUGUCAGUGGGUCUACGUUGCCACUUCCCAAAGAAAAACAUGACGAGUCAUUGUACUGUGCUCCUGAUCAAGCUCAGAAAGAACAGCCUGAUUCUGAUGAUGGUUUGGACAGUUUAGAAUUUCCUGAAGUUCCUAAAGUAUCAGUUAGACCCAAUGACAGUACAGCCUCAGCACCUGUGAUGGCUCCACAAUUUCCAACCCCACCACACCCUGAAAUUGAUGAGAACUCUGAAGUCGUUGGACAUCGAUCCGAAGAGCCGUCCGUGAAGCCUGAAGAAGAAAGAGCAAUGGAAAACAAACUGGAAUCUGAUGCUUCACUUGGUCAUGGGGAUUAUGUACAGUUUUUGCCAUUUAUCUCUCCGCCAUCUCUUUCGUCUGCAUCAUUUCCUGCGAGACAGACAAAUCCUCCUCCACCCUCUCUUUCAAGAAGAAAGAGUGAGGUCAAUGUAGAUAUGCAAGAUGUGUUAGCUGCUGCUCAGGCUGCUGCAGAUUCAGCAGAAUGUGCGGCAGCAGCAGCUCGCUCAGCAGCUAGUCUUGCACAGGUAAGAAUAAAUGAGCUGACCAAGAAAAACAAUGAAGAAGUAUCUGAGAGUAGCUGUGAAAACCCAUUUCAUGAAGACAUUCCUAGUCAGUCAGCUACUAAAGAACAGCCAGAUUUUGAUCAUAUUAUUUCCCAUGGUAACUCUGGCGGUGCUAUAACUUCUCCGGAACCCCCUCAAGUCCAUGAAUAUGGCCAAGGAUUAGAGACAUCAAAUCUUUCGUUUAUGGACUCGGAUAAAGAGGAUUUUGACUCGCCACUUCCCAAUGAUCAUGUUUUGGAACAGCCUGGUCAUCCCCAGCCUCAGAGAUUGACUUCAAUGGAUGAUGACUCAUACUUCUCGUACCCAAACUUAUUCACAUCAGGGAACAAUGUCGGCUCGGGAGCUCACUCUCCCACAGAUAAUUCCCACUCACAGGAACAGUGAGUUGAGUAUUUCCUAUGUGCCUUGCUUGUGACUGGAUUGUCGGCUCGGAUGCUCACUCUCCCACAGAUAAUUCCCACUCACAGGAACAGUGAGUUGAGUAUUUCCUAUGUGCCUUGCUUGUGACUGGAUUUGUUUAUAAUACCAUCAGAAAACAUUUGUUACAUAUAUAUGGUGUUUUCAAUUGUUUGUACAGCAGUGUUGUGUAGUAUCAGAGAACUGUUUGUUCCAUAUAUGGCUGAGUUUAAAUUUUUUUUCUUGUGCUGGCCAGUUGGAGAGGAUCUGGGACAGCAUGUACAAUCACAUUUCUGUUGGAAAAUAAGUAUCGUACCUUGCUUCA